AUGUCUACCAAACGCGCAUCCAAGUCCAAGUCCAAGUCCAGGGCCAAUGAACCAGAGAUACCCGUUCUCGCACGCCCGAUUCAUUCGACUACAGCGGCGCUUUCCUUGACUCUGCUGAAGGAUGUUCUGGAGUCUAGUGAUACUUUGCCUGGUGUCAAGUAUAUUGCCUCUGUGGGAAUCAAGAUUCUUGAGGUCUCCUUGGAGAUUCAAAGUAAUAAGACGGCAUUCCAGGACUUGGCCCAGCGCGCUCAGGACAUGGUCAUCGCUAUUGCGAAUGCCUGCCGUGGCGUCGACGAAGUCACUAUCGGAACGCAUCUGGAAAGCGACCUCCGUCAACUAAAAUUCACUAUGGAAGAAGUCCUGGAGUUCGCGGAUCUACAAUCGACUCGAAAAACUUAUAAACGUAUUCUAUACAGGAGCGAAGAUGCGGAAAAUAUUAGGACGUUGAAUAACAAGUUGAUACAGGCUUUUCAUAUAUUCGAGAUCUCAACGAGCGUCAGUAUACGAUUAUCUCAACGGACCAUGGUCCAACGUAUCGAAGCACUUCACGCCGCGAAGCCCUUAUCCACUUCCGUAGAUCGUCCACGGCACAUCACCGAGGGUAUCUAUAUCAUCCGGAGCUCUGUCUCAAGGAAGGUCUUGCAACUAGAUGCCGGUAUACAGAGCACGGAGUGGGUCCAUGUAUAUACUGCACCCCAGUCUGGCGGUGGUGGCGAGGUCGACCUUUCCCAGUUAUGGUCCAUCACUGCGCUACCAAACGGCAAAGCGAAAUACGUGAUUCGCAAUCUUGCGGCUGGGACCUGUCUUGAUGUAAAAUGGGAAUCUAGAGAGUCGGGUGCGCACGUAGGGUGUUAUCCUUUUCAAGGAAGUGUGAAUCAGACGUGGCAGUUUUAUUCGUCGAGAGAUGAUACGGUCAACUUCUGUACUAUUCGAAAUUGUUCCCAAGAGACGGUGUUGGAUACCCAGUGUCCGUCUCCGUUCAAUUGUGGACGCCUACACUGCAAUACCCUCGAUGCUGGCAUUAAAACGCAGGAAUGGUCCCUUGUAUAUACGCCCCUUCAACCCUCCCUCCUCCCGACGCCUUCUCUAAACACCGCCUCAGACCCAUCUUCAUUCCACCGCCCAUUUUAUCUCCAGUCUGUCUCUACGUCUUUGUUCGCAACAUGUACAAGCGCUUCCCAAGGCACCAACGUUCACCUCGAACUCAAUCCAUCGGCCUCGUCGCUGUGGUACUUCUCGUUGAUAGAAGUUGACCCGUCCAGCUCCUCCACCGAUGGUAUCCACUUCUCCAUCGUGUGCACUUCGUCCAGUGGCAUACAGGAAUCGACACUGGACCACUGGGGUGGAUGUCAGAUCCGCGCAAGUGGUUAUCGGCCAGAUAAUGUCCAUCAUCAGUGGGUGAUUAUUCCGAGAGGCGAUGGGAAGUUUAUGCUUCAGAAUAGAGCAACAGGAACCUUCCUAGCUGGAACGUCGGGGCAGGGAGAGGCGCUGAGUACGGUCAGUGAAGAUGAAGCGGAUAACCCAGUGUGCCUUUGGAGGCUUGUACACCAUUUAUCGACCACCGGAGGGCGAUCUUACUGCCCAGUCGUAUACGACUCGGCAUUGUCAUUCCCACCUCCUUCGAUCCUUUCUUCACCCCCUUCGUCCUCGCCAUCCUCAUCUCUCUCGGAUCUAUCGACCUCGUCGACCACAGUAGCCAUGUUCUCGUCGCCCAACCCUGACCAACCCCGCCUCUGUGUCGAACUCGCUUCGGAGUCCCUGCGACUGAGUCUCACGACAACUCUGGAGAACUCGCAUGAGGUUCUCUCCGAUCUAUUGGAGGCCGGAUAUACUGGCGGUGAGAUUGAUGAGCUCGAAGAGAAGGAGGCCACACCCGGGCUUUCACCCGACAAGCAGAGACGGUAUUUGUGA